AGCUUCGCAUUUCAACAUCUGAAUUUAAACGUCCAUUCGGACUAUCCUUUCGAUGUUCGCUCGAAAUGGAGGGCAAUUGGCUGCCAAUUGUAUGCGUGGAUCAACUGCGGUUGAGAAUCGCUUCUUCGAUGUUUUGUUCCGUUGGUCGAGACUUCAAUGCAUCGCUGUUGGGCCAGGGUCUGGAUUGAGGAGGAGUACGUCCGAUGCUCCCAAUCCAAUAUAUCUACUACCUUUCCUUCGUUAGAUGAACUACCUGUGCUAAAGUAUUUCCCGACAGAUUCCACUAAAUCCUCCCCGUCGCCCUCCGCUUCUCCAGCAGCGACAACAGAUAUACACUCCCAGAGAGUGCGACAGAUAAUGCGCACUCUACCGCAAUCCGUCGUCAUUCUCACAACGACCGCCUCAUCUACACCAGGCGUCGUAGAUUGGACCAAGCCAGGCUUGAAUGAGGCCCCAGAUCCCUCACUGUAUCGUGGCAUGACCCUCUCAUCCUUCACAUCCCUCUCGAUGUCUCGACAGCCACUCGCAACAUUUAACAUCGGCUUCCCGUCUCGAACUCUGUCUGCGCUCACGGAAAAUCAGCAUUGCUUGAUACAUGUGCUGAAAUCGAACCCGAGAGGAGCAGAUCUUGCAAAAGCAUUUACGAGGGGAAAUAUUGUGCAUAGUACCAUUGGAGACAGCUCUCUGGGGGCAGAGAUCGAUAAGGAAAAUGCGGGAGGGCAUGAUGAGAAGUCAAUCACAGCGUUCGACUUGGCGGCACAGACAGACCCAAAGGUGAAGGUAGAAGCUCACACAAUACGAAGACCCCGCAGGCAGGACGUCCACCUCCCCAUUAUAAAAAGCCCUGCUGUGAGAGCCGUUUUUGAAUGCAGAGUUCUGGCACAGAGUGAAAGAGAAGGCGGGGGCUUGAUACGCAUUGGUGAUCAUGUCUUGGUUAUCGCUAGAAUUACGGGUGUUGCUGAGGUAGGGGACUACAGGCCCGGCCUUUUGCAGUUAAGGCAGGGUCGUUUCUCAAGUGGCACUGCUCUGUGCUAUGCUGACGGCGAAUACGCUGCGGCGAAUGCAUGUAGGGUGUCUACAGGGACGAACGGAGUGACAGGCAAGGACGAGAAAAUGGUUGGAGAUCUCAGCGGGCCAGUAGGUGCGACCGGGCAAACAUAAGGGAAUGUGGAAGGAACUCUAUAAAUGAGAAGAUAGUUCCGAGGGCGUCGGGGCUCGGUAUAAUAUGUGACGACACAUGCACUCCCAUGACUUUGAAAGCCUGGCUGGCAAGAUGAUUUCCGUGUAAGAAUAUAGAUUCCCAAGAGCUAAAAGCUAUGCUAAGAUAGAUUGAUGAGGAUUCAAAAGAGUCUGAAUUGCAAUCCUCCGCUCUUGUCUCAGCAUUGUGUCGAUGCUUGACUUCCGCCAAGUAAGAGAUUUCUCUUAUAGGAGAUAUCACUCAUUCACCGAUUACAAAUGCUUUCUUUGUUUAGCUUUUCGUUUCAGCAUACUUCGUAACUAGAUAGUAUCCGUGGCUCAAGUCAGGACGGGAAAUUCCACCACACCGGCGAGAACAACAACUGGACAUCAAAUUUUCGAGGUAAAUGCAAUCACCAGUAGUUAUACAUCAGUAUCAGAAUCAAAACGAAUAGAUUCAAGUUAUCAUAUACUUGAGAUUCUAGACAGCUUUCUCACUGUGCCUAGCUUCAUUCAGGACAAGCUGUAUCUAGGACAUCCACACCUAUCAAUCUCGUGAUGCCACGCAUCAGGUCUCCCAAACCCGGCCCUCAGCCAAUACACACACCAAGGCAUCACCAAGACGAUCUCUUGAGAACAGCUAAAACACCGGCAGUGCUUACUGGCUCAUCUCUUCCGGUGAACCUAAUUACUAUCUCCUUGCACCUCGCAAGCCCAGAAUCACCAAGAAAGCCUCUCUUAAGUACGAAGCUGUUCAAAGUCCAAUCCCAACAAAGUCGCUCGUGCAAGCAGUCUUAGCAUGCAAGAAGGCUGUCGGCACGCAGCCAACCAGACAAGUGGAGAACACCCAAGGACAGCCCUUCCAACGAAAGCCGAACUUUCGAGACCUGCUUCUGUGGACAGGGGCACACCGAUCUCGAGUAUUCCCUCUGCAGUUUACCGUCGCCAACCAAGAAUCACCAAAGUCGAGUGUCUUGCCUAUGAAGCAGGUACACAAUGCCAACGACGGUCCCACGCAAAGCAAGCUGCAAAGAGUUACAAAGCGAAAAAGCCAGUAAAGCGUGGUGGAUUAGCCGAGACUGUGGAAGUAGAUGGGCUCACUGGUGGACACGGAAACAGUACUUUGGAAUGGAAGCUUUCGUGGCAAGCACAAUGCUUUAGAUGCAAUGGCAAACAAACAGAUUGGAGAAGCAUCGAAACCUGCCAACAACCUCGGACACAUACGACUACAGCUCAAGGUGGAAGUACGAGGCAUUGCAUGCCGGCCGCUUUGG